AGCAAUCAUGGUACCAGCUGGAGGCCCCGGGGCUAAGAAGGGUAUUUUGGAACGUCUGAAUAGUGGGGAGGUUGUGGUUGGAGAUGGCAGCUUUCUUAUAACUCUGGAGAAGAGGGGCUACGUAAAGGCCGGGCUCUGGACUCCAGAAGCCGUAGUAGAACAUCCAAAUGCAGUUCAUCAGCUUCACAUGGAAUUCUUGAGAGCAGGAUCAAAUGUCAUGCAGACUUUCACCUUUUCUGCCAAUGAAGAAAACAUGGAAAGCAAGUGGGAAGAUGUAAAUGCCACUGCCUGUGACCUCGCCAGAGAAGUGGCUAGCAAAGGUGACGCUUUGGUAGCAGGAGGAAUCUGCCAGACAUCAAUAUAUAAACACCGCAAGGAUGAAGCUAGAGUAAAAAAACUUUUUCGACUACAGCUAGAAGUUUUCGCCAGGAAAAAUGUGGACUUCUUGAUUGCAGAGUAUUUUGAGCAUGCUGAAGAAGCUGUGUGGGCUGUGGAAGUCUUAAAAGAAUCGGGUAAACCUGUGGCAGCUACUAUGUGCAUAGGCCCUGAAGGAGACGAGUGUAAUCUAACACCUGGAGAAUGUGCUGUUAAACUGGUGAAAGCAGGCGCUUCGAUCGUUGGCGUGAACUGCCGAUUUGGGCCCACGACCAGCUUGAAGACCAUAAAGCUCAUGAAGGAAGGCCUCCAGGCUGCAGGGCUGAAAGCACACCUGAUGGUACAGUCCCUGGGUUUUCACACACCUGAUUGUGGCAAAGGAGGGUUUUUGGAUCUCCCAGAAUAUCCCUUUGGACUGGAGCCCAGAGUUGCAACCAGAUGGGACAUUCAAAAAUAUGCCAGAGAGGCCUACAACCUGGGGGUCAGGUACAUUGGUGGAUGCUGCGGAUUUGAGCCCUACCACAUCAGGGCAAUUGCAGAGGAGCUGGCCCCAGAAAGGGGCUUUUGGCCUCCAGCUUCCGACAAACAUGGUAGUUGGGGAAGUGGCCUAAACAUGCACACCAAACCCUGGAUUAGAGCGAGGGCUACAAGGGAGUAUUGGGAGAAUCUGCUGCCAGCUUCAGGCAGACCUUUUUGUCCUUCGAUGUCAAAGCCAGACAUCUAA